CCUCGUGCUUGUGAGCUAGCUGCGACGGCAGCUAGGGAUUGAACGACCCAAAUACCAAAUAUUGUGCUCGGCAGCACUUUGGGCAGUAGCUAUUCGGCUCGAAAGAUAGCAUUGACAGCGCCAUUUCGACCAAAUCUGCCGGUACAUGACUCUGGACCCGGCCCGCUGAACCAUAGCGGACGAAUUGACUCCUUUCCUGCAACGAGGCUGCCGGAUCAAGCUCUGAAUUUCGGGAUGGAGCCCGACGCGGAGGAAGGUACACAGCAAAUACGGGCACUCGCCGACCCGAUGCCCUCACCAAGCGGCACCUCCGAACGGACCAAUUCGCUACCGGUUGGGACAAAGAUGGGGAACGAAAAGAGCGAUCACGAUUCUCUUGUUACAGUUCGCCUAUCCGAGCCACCGUCGCUCCAUGUAAACACGGCGGUUCCGCCCAGUACCCUUCCAAUGAGGAAAACCUCUUACGCCGAAUACAUUCCGAGCGAUGCCGUGGUUGAGACGCCCGAGGAGCAAGAUGAUGAUAGCGACUCGGAGAUUUUUGAGCCCGAGACUUCAGCCCGGCGGCAAGCUAAUCUACGAGCGGAGCUUGGCCGGAUGGCCAUGGGCAGCGAUGAUGAUGAGGACGAGUCGAGAUCCAGUUCGGAAUCGGAUAGAGUCGAUUGGGAAAAGUUACAAAGAACAGAGAAUAUGGAGUCGAAGGAUCAACAAACUACAGCUUCGCUGCUGGCCAGGCUGGAGCAGGAAAACGCAAAGAUUGCGAAAAUUCAGAACAACAUCAAGGUCAAAACCUCCAAAAAGUGGGAGAGCAAGGAAAGCCGGCCCAGGCCUCCCUCAAUGGCGCAGCUGCAGAAGAUGGUGAGCGGACCGACCCCUCCGGCGCUCCGAUACUCGACUUUCCAACAGCCGCCGAUGACAGAACUUGAAUUCUAUCUCGCGUUGGUCAAGGAUCCUAAGCAGACCGCUGCGCGACUGCCGACACUGCUUUCCAAUAAGAUCAGGAGGGGCAUCCCGCCGCCGCUUCGGGGCGUCGUCUGGCAGAGCAUGGCAGGCGCUCGCGACAGCGCUCUGGAGGAACUCUUCGAAAGACUGACGGGAGAGUCCAGCCCGUAUGAGGGCGUCAUCAGCAAAGAUCUGGGGCGUAGCUUUCCCGGCGUUGACAUGUUCAGGGACCCAGAUGGCGAUGGCCAGAGGAUGCUGGGCCGAGUGCUCAAGUGCUUCAGCCUCUACGAUACCAAGAUCGGGUACUGCCAGGGGCUUGCGUUCCUGGUUGGACCGCUGCUGAUGCACAUGCCGGACAAGCAGGCCUUUUGCGUCCUGGUCAGACUGAUGGAGAACUACGAUCUGCGUCAGUGCUUCGUCCCCGACCUGUCCGGGCUGCACGUCCGAAUCUACCAGUUCCGAGAGCUGCUGCGACAGCAUCUGCCCAUUUUGUCGUCCCAUUUGGACGAUUUGCAGGUUGAGCCGGCCUAUGUUUCACAAUGGUUCCUGUCGUUCUUCGCCGUAACGUGUCCCCUGCCAAUGCUGUUUCGCAUCUACGAUGUGAUCUUCGCCGAGGGCGCAUCGGAGACAAUCAUGCGAGUAGCGUUGUCGCUCAUGCGAAAAAACCAGGCGCGCAUCCUAGCAUGCAGCGAACUGGAAGACGUUAUGCACUUGCUACUAUCGCGAGGGUUGUGGGAUUGCUACAAUUACAACGCCGACGAGUUUGUCAAUGACUUUGUCGCUUUGUCCGACACGGUGACAAAGGAACGAUUGGCAGCGCUAGAGCAGGGGUACAGGGAAGCUAAGAUUAGCUCGGCCGCCAAUCACUGCGGCGCAACAGAUGCCGUGCAGGGGUCGGCGGAUGUUGCGACCGCUGCCUCCCGUUUCCUUGGUCGCCUCUGGGCUUCUUCCUCAACACCCAAACCCACUACAUUGACAAUUGCAAGUUCGGCAUCGGGAUCCACGCCUGCAAGCAGCACUCUCAAUCCAGCUCUCGGCGCGACAUCGCGCCCGCUGAGUAUGCUUCGGCGCAGCACGUCAAAGCAGAGUAUAGCCUCAACGUUGAACUCGAUGGAGGCUGUCUCGUCAUCGAACACUUCAUCUGCCGCCAGCGUCUUGAGCUCAGUAUCGACAGAAGCCACCUCUGUCUCGCGCGACAGCACAACCGAUGAUUCGCCCCGAGAGGGAGCGCCGUUUCGCACACUGCCGAAAGCCGUACCUGGCCCCCCAAGCGGGCAUAGCACCUCAAAGGACAGCAGUAAACACCUUCACAGCCAGAUCGAGGACCUCCUAACGGCGCUUAGCGAACUACAGCGGAACCAUGCCCUCUUAGCGAGCCAAUUACAAAAGGAAAAAGAAGAACGUGAGGAAGACCGGUGCGCGGUCCGCUCCCUGCUGGACGGACUGCGCAGCAGGGCGAGCGGUGAGGGUUCGCUAUUGUCUACAGAGGAGACCCAAUCGGAAUAUGCAUCAAAUGGCCCAGCGACGUCGGAAGCCACCGAUAGGCCUGUUAAGUCCACCACAGAACAACUUUCCGUCUUGCUGGAUGCCGUGGAAAUGCGUUUCACCGAGCCGGCCGUCCGCCGCAGAUCAUCCACUUCGCAGACCAAAUCGCAGCUACGGGAUGAACUAGCGCGUACGAAGGAACAGCUGUCGCAAGAGAGAGCGAAAUCACGGCAUUUCGACCGGAAACUACAAGAGAUGGAGCAGGAAAUGGUGUCGCUGCGGGAGCAAUUGAGGGAGAGCCACACCCAUGUCCGGAAUGUGCACCAAGAGAAGCAGCGGCUCGAAAAGCAGAUACACGUCAUGAGGAUCCGGGCAUCCGACACCCCGCCUAGCGCGGAACAAACUGAAUGGUUCCCAAAGCCGCCAGGGGCUACCGGGCUUCGCGAGCUCAAGCUGGGUCGUAGCAUGUCGACCCCAUCACAAGCGCCGUUGCCAUACAACAAGCGAAUAUCUUCAGCGACUAUGCAAAAGAGGGCAAGCAGAGAAGCGCUGGCAGCUACGUCGGGGCCGUCAAGCGAGCAAGAUGCCCUCGUGCUCGAACUCGUGCAGGCCAAGACUGCCGAGGCUGUCGCCAGGCAGGAAGCAGAGGAAAUGAAGCAGAAGCUCGAGCAGCUUCGCAAGGCGUUCGGUCUCGCGCUGGGCGAUACCCCUCCGGCGUCGCAGAACAGCAGCGCAGCUACGGGGACGUCGGCCGCGGCCGCUGCUAUGGGCAUGUUCGGACGCCUCACUGGCUCAACCGCCCCGGUACCCGCCUCGGACUCGCCGGCCAAGGCAUCGACUGCCCCUGCGAAUAACGCAUCGAGCGGGGGCUUUUGGGGCUGGAGGAGGUGAUUCUGUAUGGAGAUAUAGUUCCCGAACUAACAAAGGGGCAAUGCUGUAUUUUGAAGACGGAUGAUACCAUCAGGAUUUCUGCACAUGGCGACAGGGAUUCGUCUCACCACAAGAUUUUGCAUUACAUUUGCCCAAUGGGGGGCGACGUCCACAUUUGGGCCCGGCACGGCGGAGAUAGGGAUACU